UGUCACAAACACCGCGUAAAGCAUGAAAGUACCUCACAUAAACCUCAGUAUACAAAUAUAAUUUUUUAGUUUAAAUCUGUUUAAAUAUAUCUGGACAUAAUGUUUGCGAAACCAUAUAAAUUAAAAUCUAAUAACACUUUAAAAAACUCUGAUAAGAAAUAUCUUGUCCAACGUAUACAGAAUGAGUUUCCAAAGGCAACAGAGGAAAACGUCAAAGAAUUAGUACCAAUAAAAUCUAAUAGCAGUUGUAUGAAAUUAAUCCUGCACUCAGGAGACACCGUCGGCGUAUACGUUGUGGAUGGAGUACCCGUGAUGAUUGAUCUUGGACAGAAGUUGAUACCGACCGUAUGUGCACUAUGGAAAGUGACUGAUUUAAUUCCUGUAAUCAGUAUACAUUCACCAGUACUAAAUAAGGUUCAAGGUGGUGCUCCAUUAUACGCCCCAGGGGUAGUGACUGAUACCACAACAUUUCCACAGUUCCCACGUGGAGCUGUGAUUGCAGCUUGCACCACUGAUAACAGAGCAGCUGGAAUAAUUGGCCGUGCUCUUAUAUCAUCUGCUGAUUUACUAAUAGCUCCUAUGGGUGUAUGUUUAGAAACAUACCAUGUUUUUGGAGAUUUGUUGUGUAAAGAUACCAAGUUCACAAAGAUCACAAGACCCAAACGAUACCCAGCCGCUUAUGAUCUGACUGAGUUCAUCACCUCAACAAUAAGCCAGUUACAACUACAACCAGCUAGGGAAGAAUGGCCGAGUUUUGUUAAGGAGGCCGCUGCAGUUGCAAAUGAACCAAUAGUAAUUCCAGAGUCCGUGCCAGAGAUACAAUCUAAGUCAAUGCCUGUACAAGAAGAACAAGAUAUAAAUGAUUCUUCAGCUACAGUAUGUUCUGAAGAAGAGGAAGACACUGUACCCUCAGACAUGGAUGGCUUAUUGCGCUGGUGCCUUCUGUCUUUCCUAAAACGAGAGGGCAAAAAUAUUGAACUCCCACUUAAAACUAAUCUGCUCUAUAAAAAUCACCUCAUGCCAUACUGUCCAGCAGACAGGACAUUGGAUGUGAAAAAGUCAACCUACAAGAAAAUGGGAAAAUUUCUUGAAGCCAUGGAAAGGGAAGGCCUGGUCCAAGUGCGCGAGGUGGACAAGGGCGUGGACGCGCUGGUGGCGCUGCAGCUCGCGCACCCGCUCGUGCGGCGCCACCGCGCGCCCGCCCGGCCGCCCCCCGCGCGCCCCGCGCCCCCCGCGCCGCUCGCCGCCGCGCCGCGCGUGCGCGAGCUGCACUGCGUCACCGCGCACGUCGCCGAGCUCUUCGCCCCGCUCAAGAAGGGCGCGGCGCUGUCGGCGGGCGACGUGCGCGCGGCGCUGGCGCGCUACGCGGCGGCGCGCGGGCUGGGCGCGCGCGGCGCCGUGACGCUCGACGCCGCGCUCGCCGCCGCCGCGGGCCGCGCGCCGCAGGAGCUCGUGAAGUGGGAGGACUUGAUGUCGAGCGUGCUGGGGCGCAUGACUCCGAGCACGGAGAUGACCUUUCCCGACGGAACGGUGAAACUCAUGAAGUCGCGCCUCGAACCGAUCAAGAUGCAAGUUGUCACGAGGAGCGGGAAUAAAAAGGUGACGCUCGUGUCCAACCUGGAGACGUUCGGGUUCGAGCUGGCGUCGCUGGCGCACGCGAGCCAGCUGCGCGUGGGCGCGGCGUGCGGCGUCACGCGCUCCGCCGCGUCGCGCGCCAACCAGCUGCUGCUGCAGGGCGACCAGACACAUUUUGUAGCGAAACUGUUAAUAGAAGAGUAUGGGAUGCCCAAGAAAUUCGUAGAAGGAGCAGACAAAGCCCUGAACAAGAAGAAGUAAAUAAUAAGAGUGUCACUGAGAUUUAUAAUGUAUAUCAUAAUGUUAUAAAAUAAAAUUGUCCCCAUUUUUCUUAA